CUGCUGCGCAUCUCCUCUUCAACUUCUCAGGCCCCUCCCUGUAACAAAUCAAGAUGUGAAAACAUUUAAGAACAGUAAACCGAGACCUUAAUAACAGAUUUCAGCAGGGAGAGCUCGCAUGAUCAACGAGAUGAACCUGGACGAGGACAGCGGCCUGUCAGUCAGCUGUGGCAACGGCAAACUGAGACAGUGGCUGAUAGAUCAGAUUGACAGCAGACUAUAUGCUGGCCUGGUUUGGGAAAAUGAGGAAAAAAGUAUCUUUAGGAUUCCGUGGAAACAUGCAGGAAAACAAGACUACAACAGAGACGAGGAUGCUGCACUCUUCAAGGCAUGGGCAUUGUUUAAGGGAAAAUAUAAGGAAGGAGUCGACAAACCAGACCCCCCCACAUGGAAAACAAGACUACGCUGUGCUCUUAAUAAAAGCAAUGACUUUGAUGAAUUAGUGGAAAGAAGUCAACUGGACAUCUCAGACCCCUAUAAAGUCUACAGAAUCAUUCCAGAGGGAGCCAAAAGAGGGAUGAAGAUGAGUAUGGAGGAGACACCAUCACAUGCAAAUUCCCAUGGCUAUGUUACUCCUUAUACGUCAAUGCAGAACCAGGUAUCUGGCUAUAUGGUUUCACAGGAGAGAAAUGACUGGAGGGAUUACUCACCCCCAGAACAACAACCUCUUCCUCCUCCACAUCAUCAUGGGCCACAUGCAGAGCUGCAGUAUGGUUCGAGCCACUACCCAUCAGCGUUUAGCCGGGCUUGGCCGGGGUCACACACAGAAAAUGGUUUUCAGCUCUCCUUCCACACAUACCUGUCAGAGUCUCAACUCCCUAUGUAUUCAUUCGACCAAAGAAAUGCCAUAACAGAUUUCAGCCUGCAUGUGUCCUUAUACUACAGAGAGUCUAUGGUGAAGGAGGUUACCACCACCAGCCCAGAAGGAUGUCGGAUCACCUCUUCUUCCUCCUCCUCUCCAUCAUCUUCCUCCUCUUCUUCCCCAAGCUCAGAGGAUAAACUUCACAGCGGGGCAGAAACCAUCCUCUUUCCAUUCCCGUACCCAGAGUCUCAGAGGCAGGGUGCUGACAUGCUUCCUAACGUACUGGAGAAGGGAGUGCUUCUGUGGAUGACGGCUGAUGGGUUAUAUGCUAAUCGCCUCUGCCAGGGACGAGUGUACUGGGAGGGACCCAUGGCUCCAUAUAUGGAUAAACCCAACAAGCUGGAGAAGGAGCAGCCAUGCAAACUAUUCGACACCCAGCAAUUUCUCAUUGAGCUCCAAGAUUUUGCCCAAUAUGGCCGACAUUUACCGAGACACCAGGUGGUGUUAUGUUUUGGAGAUGAGUACCCUGACCCACAGCGCCAAAGGAAAAUGAUCACCGCACAGGUGGAGCCAGUGUUUGCCAAAAAACUGGUGUACUAUUACCAGCAGAACAAUAGCCACUACAUGCGGGCUUUUGAUCACAUCCAGGAACAGAAUACAUCUCUAACUGUCGACUAUCCUUCUUAAAGACCCCUACAGCACAUUCACGAGUAACAAUCUAACACACGUACACACGUACACACGUACACACGUGUGUACACACACACACACACACACACACACACACACACACACACACACACACACACACACACACACACACACACACACACACACACACACACACAUUGUGAAUGUAUAGUUUACCGUUUCUCAUGCCUUGUGACUGCAGUGCCGCGUACUCUAAAUGGUAGUAUAAGCUGGUAUUGCACUGAGGGGUAAAGAUGGGGAAGACCCUGUUGUUUUCACUUGCACACCUAUAGUUCAUAGUCUUUAUGUCUGUGACUGUGUAGUACUGUUUUUUUUUUUCAUUCUACAAGUAUUAUUGUGACAGUGAGAAGGAUGCGGUUUGAGGGCUGGGGGAUGAGGGGAGCGAAGGGCGACUGAGACAGGAAGUACUAGCACAGGUGCACAGGAAGAAUGGCCCCUAAGACGACACUGAUAUGUCAAAGGGACACAGCAGAGCAUGAAUGAAUAUUUAUUGCAUCUUCACAGGUUUGACAAUGUGUUUGUUGUACUCACGCACUGAAAUGGCAUAAUUACAAACUCUGUCUUUUAAACUCAGUCGACACAGCUCAUUCUGUGAUUCAAAACUGUUCUUGCAUAAAGUGCUUGCUGUGCAAUUUGCAUAAGUGAGCAAGUGAAAAGUCAACAACGUCCUUGCUUGGUCCUUGUUUAACUUGGAUUCUGGGUUCAUUGUAAAGAAAAGAAGAAGUUUGAGAAAAAAUGAUGUUAUCACUGAUCUGUUGGUGUAGUAGAGGAAGCUACUACUGAAGCUACAACUUCUGCUGAAUCUGGGCAGCUUUUUAAAGAUAUCUGAUUUUGUUAAAUUAAAUCAAACUGAACAGCUACAAGAGGUCACAAGAGGAUCUAUUAAGUCACCAGAAAAUGUAUAUAGUGUUUAUAUUAUUUUUCUGCAUAAAAUCAUGGCUAUUCAUUUUUCUGUAUUCGUUGAUUUUUGUAUGGCUUUGUCUUGUAAAAUACUGCCAAAACAUUUUAAAGUUUCUAAAACAAUCUUCUUUGAAAAUGUUUCGACCGAAUCACUAAAACGCAAACCUUUCAAAAGCAAAACAAUUGAGUUAAGUGACCACUGGCUUACCGAACACAAUCAAAGAGCAGCUUGGGCCUCAAGGUCCUUUUCCUCAUAGAGUGGGUGGCCUUAACCUGACUGAAGGUGGUUGACUUGAAAAAUCAUGCUCAUCCUGUAACUUGCAAAAAUCUACCUGUUCCUCUUGACCUGAAACUUAAGGCCUCAUAAAUGGGAAGAAAAACUACCUUUGUGGUGUGUGUUUCAAGUUCAGCCAGAGAAGAGCUCUCUGGUUCCCAUGCCUGUGAUACUGUAUGAUUUCUCACUCUGGAGGUAACUGCUUCAAACAAAAACUAUUCUCAGAUCCUAACAACCUAUGUGACGUAAACAUCCAAUGGUGAGAAUAAUGCAACUCCCUUCAGUGUUUUAAGUCUUGAAGGCAGAUGCUGCAUCAGAAGAGGAUAAUGUUCUUCUUCUGUGGUCCAGAGUUUCGAUCUCGAUAUACUUCCUUCACACUUAAACCACAUCACUUUCACAAUGGCAAAAGUCUGACCAAAAUCACAGACGGGAAUUUUUUCCUUUUGUGAGUGUUUGUCUAAACCAUAAAUCACUUUCCCACUCAGACAUCACAGUCCGUUGGAUUCUGUCUCGGUUGAAAUGUUGUUAACUACUACAAAUCAAAUCCUAAUAGUAGAAUUGUUACCAGCUCUUUGUACAGUGUAAUGUUGUGAUAAACAGUGUGUUUUCAGAUGUUUGUGUUGGCCAUCUGUGUGUAGGUGGGUUAAUGUGUCACACAGUUGCACUAUUACUGUUAUCAGGAAGUGACAUUUAUGGACAUGGAUAAAACAUGUGACUCCCCCACCUACAACAUCAGUGACAAACAAGGUCACGCACACCAAUUACACAUCACACUUCAAAGUAACAGUAAAACAUUCAGGACAAGCUACACAGAAAAUCACACAAUAAGUGCAUACUGAACAAAAUUGUUGCAGCAUUUUGUACAAAAUAUCUGAAAAACCACAGGGAAAAAAGAUUAUGACUCACGAUAUGAAUAAAUGAUUUAUUUUGAAAUAAAGUGAUCAGUUGUUUGCUA